GUUUUUUGUCCAUUUUUUCUCUGUGUUUUUUGGAUUUUCUUUCUAUUUUUUGAACACUUUGGCAAUUGCAUACAUUCCAUGACUGUGCUUUGGAUUUUUGGUUAUCUUUAUUGGUUGGGACUAUUAUAAGUAUUUUUUUUCUAUUACUUAUUCAUUAUUGCAUCCUGAAUUAUGUAUGUUUAAUUUUUGUUUUUGCUUUGAAUCCCUCUUUGAUAUUAUUAGUGGCAAUAAACAUCCUUUAUUUGGGAAAUCUCUGUUUUGGCCCUUUUUCGCUGUGGCACUAGAUUGAAUUUAAAGUCUAUAUUGUUCAGGAGUUCAGAUUACUAUUGAAAUAAUCUCUUGGAUAAGGGACUUGUCUGAAGUCAGAGUUUAUACUCUACAGGAGUCAGGACCAGGGUUCGGAUUACCAGACAGAAAAGAACACAGAACUUGGGACCGAUCCAGACCAGCGGCACCAAUCGGGGAGCAAAAACCAUGGCAAGAAAAAAGCAGACCAGUAUUAGCAGCUUUUUAAAGAAAAGACCAAAGUGCUCUGGUGCGGAGGUAUCAAGAUCACCAGCAGAGAGGCUGGACUCCACAGAGCAGAGAGCUACAGCCAGCCCUGCACCGGAUAUUAAACCUGAGACUGAAGAGACACCACUUUGCACGGAUGACGGGGAAUCUUCUCCAUCCAAACUGACCAGAAGCCAGACCAAGGGAUCGUUCACAAUUCGUCUUCCAGACAAUUCUUUAAGCGAAGAAAGCUUUUAUGAUGACGAAACCCUGUCGGAUGUCUUGAACAAAAAUUUGACGUUAGAAAAGCUGAAGAGAAACAAAAAGAAAAACCAGCUGCUGAUCACUGGGCAGAGAUUCUUGACUGGAAUUGUUCCUCUCCACCUGCCCUGCAGUUUUAUAACCAACCAAGAGUGUUUUAAAACUGAAUUCAUUGCAGGCGAGGAAGGGAGUAGUCGGGGUAGGGAUCCAAACACACCUCAAAGAGCAAAACACAUAGUUUUUUACAUAGAGCCCAAAGGAAGAGGAAACAGAAAAAUCGUGAAAAACAAUCACGUUAACCAACAGGGUGGAAAGCUGUGCGUUUAUGCCUUUAAGGGGGAGACAGUUCUGCAGGCUUUGCACAGGGAUGGCAGAUUUGAGGACGUGGUUUUCAAAAAGAGGUGUCAACUGAGUGAAGUUGAUACUAAUAGAAAUGUUGAAAUGCAUGUUUCUGUGGAUAGUCUGGAUAAGAGGAAGUUCACACUGAUUGUUUCAAAUGAAGAUGCACCAGCCAGUCAGCAGGUGCUCUGUAACACAGGGCUGAGCAAUAAGGCUACUGCUGAUCAUCAGGCUCCCAGUAUAGCUACUGGUGAACCUCAGUCUACCAGUACAACUGCUGGAGAUUCACAGCCUCCCAGUUCAGGUAAUGGGGAUUCCCAGCCUGCCAGAACAGCUAGAGGUACAGGUAAAGUAUACCGCCUACCUGACACUGAAGAAGUGUGCAGGAUCCUCAGAUCUCAAAUGGAUGAUCUUAUUAAGUUAAUGAAAGAAAGAAAGAAAGAGACCAAAGAUAAUCGACCGAUCAGGGAGCUGCUGAGACAGGAGUUUGGUAAAAACACAGAGAUAUUUACUGAGAUUCACACCAUAAGAAGGCAGACCGAACUCAGUGAAUCUGUCUGCUUCAUCACUGUACCAGCAAGAGAUGGCACAGUAGAUCAGGGCACAGGUUUCCGUUUCAUUGGGAAUUGCAUUUUAACAUGUGCCCACGUCUUGGAUAAAUGCAUGAUAAACUCACAAUAUGAGCCAGAGCUCAUUACAAAAGUUUUUGUAACCUUUAAAUAUGAAAAGCUAAUAAAAAAGGCUGAGUGUGAGGUUUUCUAUGUAAAGCAGCUAGUUGCUCAUGACAGAAGCAUUGACUAUGCUUUACUCGAGCUUGAUCUAUCCCAGGAGCACCCUCCACUCCCCCCAGCGCUGAUUGAUAUACUUGCCGUUCCUCAGACAAGUGGAGGGAUUUGUAUCAUUGGUCACCCAGAAGGUAGAGUAAAGUUAAUUGAUCUGUGUUCCAUUAUAAAGGCUGAGAACUGCAAAGCCAAAGCACAAGAGCACAUUGCCUGCCAUUCUAAAACACUAGAUAAAAUCGAAAAUGAAAGAUUUUAUCAGGCACUUAGCGUCUACUCUUUUGAGAUGCUGCAAGACAGAAGGCGAUUGUUUUACGACACCUGUUUUUACCAUGGCUCUUCUGGGUCUCCGGUCUUCAAUGCCCAACAUCAGCUGGUAGCCAUGCAACAGGGAGGGUAUGCAUACAAACUGGACUCGGGCAAAACAGAAAGUGUGAUAGAGUAUGGCAUCCACAUGACGGCUAUUCUUCAAAGCAUGCUGCAGCACGAAAUAGCUGCCCCCUUGCUACAGGAAAUGUGCAGAAUCUCUCUUGAGAAACAAUUGUUCAGAUCUGUUCUGAAGCCACUGGUAGAAUAUGCAUGCCGUCAUUCAAGGAUAAGGACAAUCUUAAAAGACUGCUUGCAAUCCUUUCCGCAAUGCUACACGCUGCUGGAGUCUCUGUCCAACAAAAGCAGUAAACUAGGUACCCUGCUUAUUGAAUGCAAGAAGAAUGCAGAAAAACAGACUGAUCUGCCACGAGUGUAGCCUUGGGGGUGUUGAAAUUGAUCUAGUGGCAUACAGGAUCACUCCUUUAAUUUGUGAAGCCAACACCUAGCGUUUCUGCUUCCUAUAACGCUGUCCUAUGAUGGUCUGCCUAUGUUCAUAUCGAUGCCUAGUUUUACUGGUAAAGCAUUUUAACCAUCCCCUCCCUUUCAUUUUUUCAAUAUCCUAAUAUGUGAUGUAACUUUUCAAAGUGGGAAAACAUUUAUUUUAUUUAUAUAUAUAUAUAUAUAUAUAUAUAUAUAUAUAUAU